AUGUCAGGCCUGGAGGUGGUGGGGGCUGUUGCCAGCAUUGUCCAGCUCGCCCAGAUCACCGGAAAGCUGGUCAUCUGCCUGAGAGACCUGUCCGACAAUGUCCGCCGGUCCUCGGAGCGCUUCCAAAAUUACAAACAACGCGCCGACGAACUCCAGCAAAUCGUCACCCUCAUGAAGGAAAACGACCAGCUCCAAUCCGAUGCAUUGAGAGCUCCGAUCGAUGCCCUCGUUAGAACCGUCGAGGCCAUCUUGAGAGUGCUGGCCAAGAAGUUCGUGACCGACCCGUCCAAUCCGUCGACAAAAUGGAGAAACCGCCUCAAAGGAGCCCGCAUCCCGCAAGCAGAGGCCUUGAUAUCAGCAAAAUUCGACGAUCUGGAGCGCCACAAAAGCACGCUGGCACUUGCGAUUCUGGAAAACCUCGGAGGCUCCAUCCACCGCAUCGACGCAAGACUCGCCACCGGCAUUCCAGACAUCCAGAGCCAAGUGCAGAGAAUCGAGAGCACUCUGUUGGCUUGCUCAACCCUCGGCGACCAUAGACUUCCAUCCGAUUGUUGUCUGAGCACGGCCAGAGAGAAGCGUACCGCCCUAGAAUAUGCCGCCGGUAAUGAGGAGGAGCCUAGCCCCGGUCAUCUUAGCGCACGUUCAACCGGCUCCACAACCCUAGUGUCCGGUCGGCACUCGGCACCGGACCUUGAAACCGGCCAUUAUUCACAACACAUCGAGUGUUCCCGACAAAAAGAAGUUGGAACCCGACUAUAUACAGAGAACACAUCGCUUGAACGGGCUCUCCAGCUCAAUGGCAAUGUCGGCAUCGACCAGUUCGGCGAUCAGAAUUUCAACUCACAUUGGAGCAAUAACAGCGCUACUGGCCAGAGCAAGCAAGUCAAUGGGGAUGUGUUUGAUGCCGAUUUCGCAACCAUGUUCUUUUCCAGAAGGUAA